CGCCGCUUCAGUCGCGCGGUAGUCGCACGCGCAAGUGCGCGCACCGAUCGAUUUUAAAUCGAUUUGUUUUUAAUCGAGUAGUGUAUGUGCGUGAUAUAGUAUCGGUGACAAAGAGCCAUUGUUUUUGCAAUUUGCAACAACUGGUUGAGUGCAUUCCAGUGUGUGGUGGUUUUUUAAUUCAGUUUUUUUAUUGAUGAGUUCUUUGAUAAGUGGUAUGUGACAGUUUUAGUCGUGUUUGAUUGUGUGUUUCGACUGUGAUAGACGAAAAAUAACAUUCCAAAAUGCGUCGAAUGAAAAUGAACAUCGAUUCUGAUCUAGGAGACCUAGAAGAAAUGCUAGCUCAUGUUCAGAAUCAAUUGGAACAUGAAAUAGAUUUAGAAAAGGAAUCUAAAAUGCCAUCUUUAGUGAACAUACAAGAGUCCCCAAAAAUGGCUAAAAGGACCUCUUCAUUUAAUAGGACGGAUAGUUUUGAGUACCGAAGGAAUGCGCCAAGACCACCUCCAGCCAGAACUGAUUCUGGCAGUCGUUCCUUAAACGGUAACUUCGGUGACUACAGAAAUGGAAAUGAUGAAGAGCAAUACUCUCAACCAGAGACCAAUGGCAAGUUCAAAGGUUCCCAAACCAGUUUGAAAUCUGAUGAGGGCUCCCAAAUAUCCUUCCAGUCUUUUCGAUCGGAACCUGUGUCUAGGCAUUCGGUAAUGAGUUUGCAAGAAAAGAGAGGAUCGUAUGCUUCCUUGAAUGGAAGAUCCAGGACUGCCACCCUGCCUCGAGGAUAUGGAUCUACGAAGGAGAAGAAUUGGGAAGAGUAUUGGGCAUUCGAACAAUCAAUCAGCAGCGCCAGGGCCUCCGUGAUGGUGUACGACGACGGCCUGAAGCGGUGGGUCCCCUCAGGGUCCAGCUCUGGCCUGUCCAAGGUCCACAUCUAUCACCACACGCAACACAAUACCUUCCGAGUUGUCGGAAGGAAAUUGAAUGAUCACGAGGUGGUGAUAAACUGUGGAAUAGUUCGCGGCCUAAAGUACAACCAGGCGACGGCCACGUUCCACCAAUGGAGGGACGCGCGUCAUGUAUACGGCCUCAACUUCUCGUGCCGGGAGGACGCGGACAGCUUCGCGCGGGCCAUGAUGCAUACCUUGGAGAUCCUGGCGAACAAGCCGGCGGGCAACUCGGCGCCCCCUCCGCCGCAGCCGCCGAACCCCCCCGUGCCUUACAACGGGCACAACAACGCGCACACCUACGACGAAGACAUGGGGUAUAGAACAAUGACCCGUGAGGACGCGGCGAUAUUCCAGCAGCCGCAGUACCACGCGCCCCACAACCAGCAGCACUCGCAGUACCACGCCGCCACCAGCCAGUACCACGCGCCGCAUCAUCAUCAUCAGGUACAACAACCCCAGCAGCCGACUCCUCCCGCGCCGCCACCGCACGGAGUGCACCACACUUUGCCGCAUCAGCCGAGCCAACCCACGCCUGGUCAUCAUCGCACUAAUAGUGCACCGAUGCCUCCAAAUAUGUCUCUGUCGGCGGCGGCGACCGGAGCGCCCGCCCCUCCGCCCGUGCCGCCGCAUCAAAACCUACCCCCACCGGCUAAUGGUCCGCUAGCGCCACCGACGCCGCCCGCCGCUCCACAGCCACCACCAAUGCAGGUGCAGACCGUGGUGACUCAGGUGUCUUCUGGGCCGCCGCCGCCGCCGCCGCCUCCGAACGGCGGGGCCCCGGCUGCUCAGGGCCCCGGGGCCCCGGUGACAGCGGUGGGCCCCGUGCUGUCGGCGCCCGUGACGUCACCGCCGCCGCCGCCCCCGCCGCCCGCGCCGGCGCCUCCACCAGACGUGUCGGGAUUGGCUGCUCAGCUACAGCAGGCUAGGCUUAAGAGACAAGCUAAGCAAACGAACGGGCAGUCCCCGGCUUUACAAGCGGAGGCGGCUUCGCCCCCGGGCGGCGCGGAGCACUCGGGCUCGUCGUCGUCGUCGGGCGGCUCGCGCGCGGGCACGCUGUCGUGCAUGAUGAACGAGAUGGCGCGCACGCUCGCGCGGCGACGCGCGCAUCUCGAUAAGGCUGAGGAAUCGUCAACAGACAACUCGGUGAACUCGACGCCGAUGAAGACAUGGGAGCGAUCGGCGACGCUGCCGCACCGACUGCCCGCCGCAUGUAAUGGCAACGCUUCAAAUUCUGAAACAAUAGCACAACAGCAACCACAGUCUCCGCGCUCCGUUCGCAAAAGAUUCGGCUCGGCCAGUGAAGAGACUAUACUUAAGCAAGUGAACGGCGGCAACGAGGGUGGCUGCGUGUCAGCAGCUGAGUGGGACGCCUUCAAGCAGGAGAUGAUGCGCGAGAUGCGACACCAGCUCAACCAGAUUAAGAAGGAGAUCCUCGACGCUAUGAAAGCGGAGUUCGCGCGCAGGUAAGGUCGCAGAUCGCGCCGAGUGUAACUAGUCCCCGUCGCCGAAUGAACACAUAUUUUAUUGUCUACUAUACAUUCAGCUGUCUUAUGUACUCAGCACUGGGCAAUAUUGCUUACAACUAUACAUUCAGUGUACCCAAGACUAGGCAAUAUUGCUCACAACUAUACAUUCACCUACCUUAUGUGGUCAAUGCUGGGCAAUAUUGCUCACUACUAUACAUUCAACUAUCUUAUGUACUCAAUCCUGGGCAAUAUUGCCCACUACUAUACAUUCACUGUACCGAAGGCUGGGCAAUAUUGCUCACAACUAUACAUUCAGAUGUCUUAUGUUCUCAAUGCUGGGCAAUAUUGCUCACAACUAUACAUUCACUGUACCCAAGGCUGGGCAAUAUUGCUCACAACUAUACAUACAGGUAUCUUGUGUACUCAAUGCUGGGCAAUAUUGCUCGCUACUAUACAUUCAGAUGUCUAAUGUACUCUAUGCUGGGCAAUAUUGCUCACAACCAUACACACAGGUAUCUUGUGUGCUCAAUGCUGGGUAAUAUUGCCCGCUACUAUACAUUCAAUGUACCCAAGGCUGGGCAAUAUUGCUCACAACUAUACAUUCACCUACCUUAUGUGGUCAAUGCUGGGCAAUAUUGCUCACAACUAUACGUACAGGUUUCUUGUGUACUCAAUGCUGGGCAAUAUUGCUCGCUACUAUACAUUCUGGUAUCUUAAGUACCCAACUAUACAUGUUACUAUACAUUUAGCUAAUCUAAUGUACCCAACGCUGGGCAAUAUUGCCCACGAUGUAAUCAUUGCCCAACUACUGGGCAUUGUGCUUAUAACUUUGGAUUUUUUACAUUAUGUAUUUUAUGUUUUUUCUAGGCAAUGUUUAAAACACCGAUUUUAAUAUUGCUGUCGCUUUACUUACUUGAGUAAGACGAUGAUUUUAAGAUCUAUUUCCGUCUUUUAUAAUCCGGUGUAUAGCAAUAUUUUUUUUGGUGUUCAUGAAAAUCGGAACUAAACAGUUCUUUACUAUGAAAGGCCUAUUCGACCAUCGUGCUAAUAUAAAUAACUGUUCUACAAUCACUGUGAAAUAUGGGCUAUAUCGAUUGAAUUACUAUUCAAUUUAAAUUAAUAUUAAAAUGUUAUACAUCAAAGUAUAAUAUGCUGUAUGCACAAUAUACCGUAGUAAUUCGACUGUCGCGAUAUUGAUUCAAAACUGUCAAUUGAUGACCACAGCAGUAGAUUUUUUCUCUUGUAAGAAAAUAAUAGAUAUGGAAAGUUAUGUUUUUACACACAAAAGUUAGUGUUUUCACAAUAGCAAACCGGUAAAUAAGCAAAUGGAUUGUUUUUCCAAGUAGAGAAUAGAAUAUUGAAAGUUUUUAAUUAAUAUUGUUGACUAAAAUAUAUGACCUAUAAAUUAUGAAGACUCGCGAAAGGCCUGAUUUUUUUUGACAUUUAUACUAUUUUAAUUUACCUUUUUGACAUUCUUUUUUUAAUAUUCUUUAUGAAUUCUUAGGAACAUAAAGACUUUUUUCUUUGCUACUUAGUUAUAAAUCUAUUUAUGGGGGAAAAUUAAAAAUAAAAUAUAUGUUCAUCAAUGUAGGCGCGGUUUUAUGUGAUCAAAUGACGUAUUACGUAAUUUAGGGAUGCCCGCAUAGGGUCAGUGUGGACAUGUUGAAAAAACAACGAUAACGUGGCAACACCAUAUUCAAUGUUGCCAGUUAUAAAUCGGUCUAUGUAAAAAACAAUCGAGUUGAUAUCGAUUCGUAAUGAACGCACGAAUAAAACGAAACGUAAAGUUGUGUUUUUUUAAUUUUAUACUUAAAUAAAAUAUUUAUUCGGAUACGUAUUAUGUACGUAGUGAUAAGGUAUUGAAUGUAUUGCAAGUCAUGUUUUGAAUUUUACUUUUUGGAAGAAAAGCUUGAAAAAGUAAUCAAAAACUAAAUAAAUAUAUUGUACAAUGAAAACUAUCAGAAGUACAGUGAUUCGUCAAUUUUGUUACUAACAUGACAAUGUUACAUUCUAUUAACAUUUUAAGUCAUUUUGAAAAAAUCCAAAAUAAAAUUCAAAACGUAUGCAGUUUUUAAAUAAAAUAUAAAAAUAUAUAAUUGUAAUAUCCAUUUAGCGUCAAGUUAAUUAGUAUUAUGCUAUAUUUAUUGUCUCAUAAGCGUUCGAACACGCGAUGUUUAGAUUAGGACAUAUAUACAUACUACGCUAUAUAUAAACUAUAUAAUAAAUGUAACUACAACUGAAUUAGGUAAUGAGCAGUCAAAGAAAUCGACUAAUAAUCGUUUACAUAUAAUCGACUAAUUUAUUUUUAUAGAUAAGUACAUCACUAGAGUAAUUUUAAAAAUAACGUGGAUUUCUUUCUCGUGUAUCUAUGAUUUAUAUAUUGCUUAGUUUUUUUAUAUAUAAUAUAACGCAAAUAAUGUUGUUCAAAGCAAUUUACUUAUUCGAACAACAAUAAAAUUUGAAAAUUAACCUAGUCUCUAGAAAACUGACAAUCGGGCUGCGCCCAUUCCAUUUACUAAGAAAACAAAACUAAACUCCAGACAUAUAAAUUUGUAAUAAACAACAAUAUUAGUAAAAAACACAUUUGCUGACAUUUCCUUAAAGAAGACAAAAAGUUGCUAAUCUUACUUUAAAAAAAAAAUAGAAAUAGUAUUUCUGUAAAUAAAUAAUUAUAUACUAAUCUUGUGACAUUCAUAGAAAUUUCAAUUUAUACAUAAUGUACUUUUAACUGACAGUUAAAACAAUGGUUCAAUGAAUAACCCACAAUAUUCAUUAAAAAAAACAAUUGCGUGUAACUGAAUCUUUAAAAAUAACUGUUCAUUACCUAACCUUAAACCCGUGUUGUUAUACUUUAACAGUAGUUUUCCGGGACACCCUUAACUCUCCAUUAGAACGUCUUCCAUAAAAAUGUAGGUUUUUAAUCCCAUACUCAUAUUUUUGUAGUGGCAACACUAAACGCUUCCAGAUUUUAUCUACCAGUUCACUUUGCCUUUAAAUUUGACGGCUGGCAACAUUAGCUAAUUGACACGGAAAAUAACCUAACAACAUUAAUAUGCUUUAUUUCGCUCGUGCUUUACGCUAACUUCACUUCUUUAAUUUUAAUACGAAACUUCACUUAUUGAAUACAAAAACAUAGUCCAAUCUUUUUUAUAUUUUUAUGUUGCCUUUAAAACGACUGGUUUAAUGCCUAAUGGCUUCCAUUUUUGCUACAUAUAUACACCUUUUAAAACUUUUCUACAAAGACAUUCCUAAAGACAGUAUGAAAAUCGUUUUUCCAUUUAUUUUUUUUUAACUUAAGCUUCGACUGAUCUAUUUUCAUUCCAAAAACUGAAAGACAGGAUUUAUAACGCCGAAAUUCUACCACGUAUGUUUUUUUUAUUAUACUUGUCAUUUUUUCAAGAAGAUCAAACCCAGAGUAAGUAUCUACCGGGGCCGAGGAAUUCUUCAAGAAUUACCGCGGCCCUGGUACAAAAAGGGCUCAAGAAGGAACAUGGUGGGUUUUAGUCAGUAAGAGUCUGACACUCCCUCACGCUGCUAACCCACAGUGGGACAUUAGACGACAUCCCAUCUUCAAAAAAAAAAAAUGGCGAACAUUUUGUUUAUAACUCCAAAUAGCAAUUCCUUAUUACAUUUUCAUUGUCAUAUCUCAUCGUCAUCAGCACUUUAUUCCAGGCACUGGCUCCAAUAUUCCAAGCCAAUGUUGGCCCAAUAGUUGAUACGGUCGACUCGAAUAUUUUCGACGAUCUCAGACUAAGGGCUUGUUUGGCCAACAUUUGGAGCCAAGUACGUGGAGCAAGGUUCUUUCAUCAUUUUCAUAUGUGUUAAGUUUUGAGGCUAGUAGGCUGCGGCUCUACUGAGGCGGAGACGAGGGGAGCGGAGAGGAGACGUGUGGGGAUCGACCAAUCACAUUACAUGAAAUCCAAAUCUCGUAUUUUUCAUGUAAUACACAUCUUCUCUCCGCUCCACUCGUCUCCUCCUCAAUGGAGCCGCACCUUUAGGGUUGUCAGCUUCUAGCUUCAAAGUAGUAGUAGAGCCCUUGUGCAAGGCUCGCCCGGGGAAGUACUACCACCACAUCUAUUUCUUCCUCCCAUGAGGUUGAAGGGUGUGGGUGCCGGCUUUAUAUCACGCACACGAGACAUACCAUCUUUUGUCUCCAAGGUGGACAACAUCAGCCAACAUCAUGAUGUUCCCGUCUAUCAUUGUCAUCUGUCACCAGAUAGACGUCAAAUCCUGCCGUGCUACCAACAUAACGGCUUCUUUACACUGUGAUAAUAGUUAGUAUUAUCAUUUCAAAGUCCAUCUCCGUCAUAAGAGCUCAAGCACAAUAAUAAUCAUCAUUUUUAUAGUAGAAUCAUCAUCAUUUUUAGAAUAGAAUCAUCAUCAUUAUUAGAAUAGAAUCAUCAUCAUUAUUAGAAUAGAAUCAUCAUCAUUAUUAGAAUAGAAUCAUCAUCAUUUUUAGAAUAGAAUCAUACUCAUUAUACAUCAUAAUUUUAGAGUAGUAUCAUAACCAUAUCACACGAGCUUUUGCCCAACUAUGUUGUGGUUGGUUUCCAGUCUAAUCGGAUGCAGCUGGGUACUAUAGCGACAGUCUAUCUAGUCCACUCAAUACAGGCACCCGAGCAACCCGAUUUGGCUGGUUGCCGUCUAAUCACAGGAAUACCAUCAAACAGGCACAGGUGAUUUGGUUUAGAUAUCAAAAUAGCAGUCGCACAGUCAUUCACUAGAAGUAGAAUCGCCAUUUUCAUCGACAGAAGGUCUUCACUAGGAUUCGUUUUUGCUUUUCAAGAACUGGUAGAGGAAUAAUUGGCGAAUCUUUCGGACGUGGGACUACUGAGCUGGCUCAAACUGAAAUGCGUAAGGCAUCCUCACCUGAGAUGCUUCGACCAUUUCAUGAGCUCGGUUCUCACGUUAUUUAACAAUUAUGUUCUGACAGUCAUAAUCCAUGAAGGGUCUGGAUUUAGCCUCGGGACAUAAUUUUCUAAAUUUCCGUCCGCUGGCUUGUCCUUCAAGCUCCAGCAUCCAGCAGAACAUCGCUGCUGAUUGCAAUAUAUUCCCCAGUUCACAAGCACUUGGGUGGUAUUAUCACCCCACCCGUCCGUGGGGGGACGGAACAGAAUACACUCUCCCCCCCGCCACCGGGAAAGCGAAUCGUAAGAGGCGAUGAACCCGGCCUAGGUGGUAGGAGCUUGGACGAGCUACUUUGCGCAAAGCACCGCGCCCAAGCCCCGACUGGGUAGACACCACCCUCUUACUUAAGUCUGUGGACCUUGUUCACUGAAAGUAAGAGAACGGACUGCCUCGAUUACGUUGAACGGUGUUUGUUUUGUUGGACGACCUUUGUCAGCGCAGCGGGGCUUUCUCAGCGUAGCUCCGCCAAGUUGUAGAGGUGUUAGACAAACACCGUUCAUGUCUUCGAGGAUCGUGACCGUUACCAGAUCAUUUUUUUUACCAUCACCCGUUUCUAGGCUAGGCUUUGAUCCGUUUGAAUUACUUUGCUGAUUAGCAGUUUUCUGUGUCCUUCGGUCAAACCCUAUGCCGUUAGGGCUUUUGUGUUUCAUUUAUUUGGCUAAAGGACUGGUGUCAUACAGUCUAUACUGGUCUUUUGGCGAACCCCGGCAGGCCAUCCGGCUGACGUCGCCACGUCUGAUGGCGUCUAACAUUAGCCGGCUGGCUUGUGCAGUCUCGUGGGCCUCCGCCCUCCGGCGGUGGGACGACCCGACCCUCGACCCAGCACGGGGCCCAAGAGACGUGGGCAACAUUUUAGUUUGGCAUCAUUAGGCUAAGAAAAAGGCAUCAACACAAGGCAUCCACUAAAGGCAUCUCGGAGGCAUCAUCAGUAGACCCACUCAGUAACGAUUUCUUGCACGCGCCUAGGCUCCUGCAAAUCGGUACUGCGUUGCUGUAGAAUGUUCCUCUGUAUAUAUUUCCCGUAGAUGUGUCGAUGGCGACGUUAUCCAGUUCCCACUUUCCUUGGUAGCGUCGCCUCCACACUUAGGUCCCCUGUCUGCGCGAGGCUUGCAUACGAGCGGGCUAGCCGCUCUCGCGUCCUCGCAGUGUCUCUGUGGCACACACUCUGGGUUUGAUCUUCUUUUAUUUCUAUCCGGUCAUUAUACUAUCAAUAAGUUUGAUAUAUAUUCAGUUUCCAAAUAACACGCGACCCUUUCUGUGAAAGCGGUCGACUGGUCAUUUAAUAUUGCGUUAUUUAUGUAAAUUUCCACCAUACUUAAGUUCUCUUUCCGACUCUUGGGAUAAUUUAAGACCUCAGGGUGUCCUUUGUUUUAAAUUUCAAGUUAUCGUGCUGUAGAGGGAUUUCAAAGGACAUAAAUGCACUCAAGCAAGUCCUCGUCGCAAUUGCAUUAUCAUUUCCGUACGUGAAUAAUUUUGAUGUUGGCAAUAUUUUAGAUUAUCGGUAUUACUAUACUUGGGCAUUGUACCCGUGUCCAUAACUGUAAGUUAUCAUCUAACCAUCUAGUAUUACGAUAAUCUUAUAAAGUCACAGUUUAUUGGCGAAAACAGUGUGCCAAUUCUUCUAAGCUGAUACUUAAUGAAAACUGCGUGCCACCGUAAUAAUACGCUUUUAGAAAUAUUGAUACACUGUUUAACUAAACUGUGACAUUGACGCACUUUAUUAUUACACGUUAAUAUGACGGCAUUUGUGCUAACUAGGCAAUGGCGACGUAUUAUCCUGUAAAAUUAAAACUGCUUCCAAAUGUCGUUUUAUGAGUUUCAUAAUUUUUCGCAGAGCCACUUGAAAGUCCAAAAAGUAAUAUUCAGUUUAUGGUAUUAUCAGUCAACCAAGCUAAGAUAGAUUCCUAAAGAUAAAAAAAUGUUUUAAGACAAUGCGAGGCUUAGCCGAGUCUACCAAAUACAUAUGGUCUUACUGUAAAAAAGUGAAACGGGCAUACGUCAUGUGUUUAAAAAAAAAUUGUAUGGGAAAAUUUUCUUGAACAAUGGCCAACGCUUGUCUCACUUUUUUUGUAGCAAGACCAAUAGUUUUUGGGAACCAAUCUAAGCUUUAAUAAGUGGUAAUACUGACUAAUGUUGCCAUAUACAGCAAUAAUGCUUUGGGACACCAAAUGGAGAUGAGUAAAAUUUGUAGCUCAUAAAACGGCAAGAAAUGUUGCCAACUUUCACCCCCUAUGUCCUCAUUGAUUUAAAUUAAAAUUUUCCAUCUCUCCUAUCCAUUUGAUUUGAUGACUUUGUUAGGUGUGCAAAAAAUAAAAACUUGAAAUUUUUAUCUUUUGACAUUUGAUAGAGUUGAUCAAAUUAAAUGGCUGAAGAUUUUAGCCAAGUUACUACUGUUAUUGAGGAUUUCUCACCUAUCUACAUUUUGUAGUAAUGUGUAUUAAAACAUGCUUUUGAAGCACCAAAACUCUCAAAAACAGUAGGUAGUGGCUCAUGCAUACCGUUUGACAUUUACAAAAUUGACAGUUGACAGAAAAUGUCGUCUUUUUUAUUCUGUGCCCACAAUCGGCCUAUUUUUAAGAAACUAUUCGCACUUGACAACACUACACUUACUAUUAUAACGGACAGACAGUUUUUGAAUGUUUACGUAGGUAUAAAAUCCUCUUUUGGGAUUUCUUAUUCAAUAAGAAAGUUCGCUUUUGCGUACACGCAGUCGCCACACAGGAACCUGAGAAAAUACAUGUAUAAAGAACCCCCUUUUAAUAAAUAGUAGAUAAAUAACUUAUGUAAAAAGUCUCUUCACGUUAACAUUCGAGAUUAUGACUAUAUCCAACCUCCAUACAUAGAUAUGAGUGAAAAAAACACAGCUCAAAUCAUGUACCUUUUUGAAAAUUCCACUCCUUUUAGUUAACGACUGAAAAAGCAUUUAUAAUCGAGAAAUAUAUAAUUUAAUUUUUGUCGCUGAAAAUAUAAUGAUACCCUAUAUAGAACGUACAUAAAAAAUUGUAGUGAUAUAUUAUUGUAUAAGUAAGGCUAAGUAUUAAAAUGUUAAAAACUAAACUAACCAAAUUUUAGUUGGUUUACUAAUUUAAUUAUAUUAUUGGUCUCAGUUAUGUCAAAGAUAGAAAAGAAUGUAUGCCAUGAAGCGAGAAAUGCUGAAAUGUUGAUUAGUGCGUUGACUCUAUAUAAUUUUGUUAUUAUUUCAGAGUACUCGCGGUUAUUUGAAAUAUGUAACAGUUCUGUAAGGACUGCCGAGGUUUUAGUCGAUUUUCUCAUUUAUAAUAUAUAAAUGAAGUGCCACAAAUAUGUAAUUCCGUAGUCUAAUUGAUCACAAACAUAUGAUCACUUACUAUUGAUGAAAAAAUUGAAAUACGAAUACUAGUGAUGGACUAAAUGCUAGAAAAUCGACUAAAUAGACAAUUAUCCAGUAUUUUUGUUUAUAACGACUUAAAUUCAUAUUUUUGUUAGUAUUUUUUGUGGUGCAUUAAUAAAUGUAAGAUGAUUAAUGUAAGGUGUGAAAAAUAAUCUAGAGAAUGCUACAUAUCAAUGAUGACAACAUUGUAAUCAAUAUUGCCAUAUAAUAAAAAAUAAAUUAAUGGAUUUGUGGGUUUAAAUUGUGCCCAAAGAUCUCCUUUACCUUUUUUCUAAAUCAAAAUUAGUUUGCAAUCUAAAUAAAUGAACACUCUUUGACUGAAUAGGUUUACUUUCACUAAGGUAUUGCGAAAGAGAAAAAAAGACAUGAUUAGAUAAAGGCCUAGGCACCGUAGUUUGGUGAAAAUACUAUAAGAAAAGAGGUUUUUUCAACAAUCAGUUUGUUAUUCUCGAGGUAUAUUUUUCACACUUUGCACGAUGUAUAUUGAAUGGAAGUUUUGUGUAAUUUAUUACGAGACAAUCUCUCAUGUAUCGUAUAUAUUGUCGCUAGGGUAGGUUACCAUAACGUGUUGUAAUGUAUCUAUGUGUAAUUCCAAGUCACAUUGUGUAAAUAGAAUUUUUGGUAACGAAUUAUAUUUUUUUGUGAUCGUA